AUGGCAAGAAGAGAAGCAAGGUUCACAUGCUGUGUGAAGUUAGAGCGCGAAUUCACCGUCAUUCCCCACCUUUUGCAAGCCGGUUUUCGUCUUCAAAUCCGUAAGUUCCUUAAAGAUGAUAAUGGCAAUGUGCAAGAGGCUCUGGAGGAGUCAUCCCAGGAAAAAUUUUUUCUGCCAGAAUUUGCGUUUGGUUGCAAUGGACACCACAUAUUGGUAACUUAUCGUCUACGUGAAGCUGGAUGGCAUCAGAGCAAUCUUCAAAGGAUCUUGGACGCAGCUUUCUCCGAGGCCAAGUUGAUUUUAGAAAGAGAGAGAAGUACUUGUGGAAUACACAUCGUUCCAACAAUAGUAUUCUGCGUCAACAAGUUCGUGAGGUGGGAAGAUGAGUUAGAGGCUAGGGCACUGGAGUUGUCAAUGCAAGAAGUACCAAAGACGGUUCCUGCAACAAAAGAAUCCAUCCAGGCUUUGAAGAAAGUGAAGCUUGAAGGUGAUAAUACUGAAAAGUGCAUGAUCUGUAUGGAGCAACUGAUCUCCUCCGGAACAGAUAAGAUGAUCACUAGCAUGCCCUGUUCGCAUCUCUUCCAUGGAGAUUGCAUCGAGAAAUGGCUGAAUACGAGUCAUAAGUGCCCAUUAUGCCGCUUUCCGAUGCCAACUGAUGGCUGA